AUGCGUGUUGACCUCGAACAACUAUGGAAUAAUCGGAACGCACCGGAACAAGAAUCAGACGAUGACUACAUAGUGGAGGAUGUUGUUCGCGGCCUUGUGGAAAAGAAUUCCGGGCUGGACAAACAGGAAGAUAUAGAAGCCGCAUCUACAUCGUCAGAUCGCUCCGAGGAGGAAAACAGCUCGACGAAAAACAUUGCCACCCCCGCUAUUUCCAUCCGCUCCACAAGCUUGAGAAGUGAGGAAGAAGAUAAUUUUCACACCCCAGAUCAGUCAAUUCUGUCGGAGCAGGAAUCCGAGCGAUAUUUCUCCCCGGAUAAAGAGUGCAGGCCGCGAAAUCACGAGAAAGAGGAGGCAACCCUCGAUGCGAUUAAAAACGUGCCCGAAACCAAGGAAUUCUACUCGUCUGAACCCUCCACGUCAGUACCGGAAACGCCGGCGAAACGUGAUCAACGCCAACACAGCUCGACGGCAGAGGAAGAUAGCGAGAUGGCGCGUCAGAGGACGUUGCUAAAAGUUCAAAGUCGGUGGCAAGCUGAUCCGCCGAAGUGGGCGACGAAGCCGAAAGAUGCUCAGGAAGACGAAUUGGCUCAGGGAAAACCACCGAAGGAAGAAGAUGAACCGGUGUUCACAUCCGACGAAGACUUUCAAUUAUUCAUCCGCGAGCAGGGCUGCCUCGUCCACGUUCGGCGCAUCUACAGCGAGCUGAUGGGGAAAGACAUACCACAGAUGUUUGAGGCAGAGAUUGGUGGCGUGGUGCACAAGCCGGUCGCUGGAAAGUUUCACAAGCGGAUUCGAUACCUGUCCAAUAUGACCUGGGACUUUUGCGGCUGGGCGGUGCUGCACUAUGAAACAAGAUAUAUUGCACGAGAGAUCGUGCGCCUCUACCACGACACCGACCGGUUCAACACAGGCGUUCCAGUUCAUGUUUCUCUGGGAAUGCCCAAAAAGCAAAUUCUCGACUUAUUUCCGGAAAUCCACGCCGCGAUCUCGAAGCCCGAUCUCGACCCGAGUGAUCCAUUCCCCUCCCGCAACCGCCCCGUCAUCGUCCCGAACGUCGCUUCCAGAAAAAGUGGGUUCGCGCUGAGCACGAUUCGGCCGCUACGUGCUAAUGCUUUGCCGGAGGAUGAGGGCUACUUUGAGUCGAGGCACACCAGCGCGGAUAGUCUACCGCAGCCACAACCUGUCUACGACACGAAAGCCAUCUGGGUGCACCGCCUGCCCGGCAACUAUGACACUCAAGCCGUGGCCGAGCGCCUCCGAAUCCGUGAGGACGAGAUUGAGUUCGACCAUACAGAACCUCAGAUUGUGCUCCGCUACGAUCCCUACGACGAUCGCAUCAGCGCCCUCAUCUACUUUUUGCAUCAAAAUGUCGCCAAAGAGUUCCACGCCGGCUGGCACAACCAAAUCCGGGCGGGUUUUGCGAAAUUCCACUUCGUCCACGUGCCCUUCCCUUGUCAGCAAUGCGGCGCCUUCCUCAUCGCGUCAGUGGCCGCAUCGACGGCGGCUUGCGUCUUCUAUCGACAUCGGCAGCUCCUUCACGCCAACCAUUCGCUUCGGUUUGCGCCUUCGACUUACGUUAUCUCCCUCGGUAUACCAAUGGCGAUAUGUUGCGUCGCGUUAAUUUAUGAGAUCCGCCAGGGGAAGGUCAGCCAAAACGACGUCAACAGCCCGGUCUUGCUGAAGAUUUUGGAGCAAUGUGGCACUCUCUUGAUCAUGGCGUUGGCUAUUGCUACGUUGGGUUGUAUAUUUUAUCGCCAUCAGCAUCUACUUCUUAACAGUCACCCGCUGAAGCUACGCGUCCCUACCUGUACCAUCAUUACUACCGUACCAUUCGCUGGAUUUGUCGUGGCCAUUGCCUAUAUUAUUGGGCAGGCCAAAAGGCCGAAAUGCUUCGCCACUAGUCGACGAAAGAUUGGUGGUUUCGGUACAACGGGUGUCGAACGGAAA